AUGGUAGAUUCGAUGAGAACAAAGCUAGAAUUUCGUGAGGGUGACCUGAGCAGAGCGAAUUUGCAGGUCAAUAUUAGCGAGACGUUUCAAGUGUUCCUUGAGAAGUCUCUUGGAGUCGUACUCUCUGAUCUUCUUCCUCGCCAUCGAAUUACAAGCCCAAACCCAAGUCUUGUCGCAGAAAAAGGUGUGAACUUUCGAGAAGAUAAGAUCGAAGAAGUUGCGUGGAAGGUGAUCUCACCAACAGGCAACACCAAGAGAGAGAGAAACGCAGACGCCGACUCGGUACCAGAAGAGACGUUGACUUUGAGCUGCCAAAGUCAACCUACCACUAUAUUAUUCGAAUAUUCCCCUUUCCUCAAUAACCAACCGGUUCCGUUCGGUUUAUCGGAGCCGCGGAGAGGAACCAACCUCGAGACGAGAGAAACGGAAAAUCUCUAUAUCCCAGCUUCUAUGUCUCUCUCCAAUUGCUUGCUUCCGCUCUCUCAAUCAGCGAGGGCUCCUAGUCCUUCGUCCUCCGCCUGCUCUUGCCACCGCGCCGCCUCCUUUUCUAAUAUUCCGGUUUUGUCAAGAGACUACUACAGUUCCUUCAGAAAUGAAAGUCUUGUGCUCAACGGAGGAGGCUCGAAUCUUUGCUGGAGAUUUUGUGGGUUGAAACUAUGGAUACUUAAAAGCCUCAAUCUUAGACAAGGCAGCCAUAGAAAGCACCAGCCUUUAAACGAACUUAAAACACGCUCAGAGCACAAUUUCCUUAGCGAUGAACGAGCACUUCCUGAGGUAAAAUGUGGUGCAGGUUUUGCUGAAGAAGCUGGAGCUGCAGAUUUGCGACAUGAAGAGAACAUUCUAGGAACUGAUUUGGUUGAUGGUUCUUACAAAGUUGGAGAAUUAGGAUCUGUGCCAAAACAAUUCUUGGACGGUUUUUCAGAUGUUCGAAGAGGAGCCUCACUUUGCAUUGCUGUUGUAGGAGCCACUGGUGAACUAGCAAGAGGGAAGAUUUUCCCUGCACUGUUUGCUCUGUAUUAUAGCGGAUACUUUCCUGAGGCUGUUGGUAUAUUUGGGUUUUCAAGAAAGAAUCUGACAGAUGAAGACCUCAGAUCCAUCAUCGCGUCAAAUCUGACUUGCCGUGUUGAUCAUCAGGAAAAUUGCGGGGACAAGAUGGAUGCUUUUCUUAGUAGAACAUACUAUAUCAAUGGAGGUCAAAAUAACAAGGAUGGGAUGUCCCGACUUAACGAGAGAAUGAAACAGAUUGAGGGAGAAUCAAAAGCGAAUAGGAUAUUUUACCUCUCAGUUCCUCAAGAAGCUCUUGUGGAUGUGGCAUGCACCAUUGGAGAUAAAGCUAAGGCACCACGAGGCUGGACUCGUAUAAUAGUUGAGAAACCUUUUGGUUUUAACUCACACUCGUCUCAUCAGUUGACAAAGUCACUUCUCUCUAAGUUUGAAGAGAGGCAGAUCUACAGGAUAGAUCACAUGUUAGGAAGAAAUCUCAUUGAAAAUCUGACAGUGUUAAGGUUUUCAAAUCUGGUUUUUGAACCACUAUGGAACAGAACAUAUAUACGCAAUGUGCAGGUUAUUGUAUCAGAAUCAGUUGCGCAAACAGAAAAGUAUUCUGAUGGAUAUGGAAUAAUACGUGACAUAGUUCAUAGCCAUAUACUUCAGACAAUCGCAUUACUUACCAUGGAACCUCCCAUAAGUCUUGAUGGUGAAGAUAUCCGGAAUGAAAAGGUCAGCCUACGAAAACAAAGAAGAAGAUUGUUUUCUGAUAUGUAUAACUUGUUUACUCUUGUUCUGUCAAAUGACAUGGUGACAAACCUCCUUCUUCAGGUGAAGGUUUUGAGAUCAAUUCGCAAACUAGACCCGGGUGAUGCCAUCCUUGGCCAGUACAAAUCCAGUCCUGGAGAGAAGAACGGCGUGACCUUGAAUGGUGUAGACCCUACAUAUUGCGCUGCAGCCCUGUAUAUUGAUAAUGCACGUUGGGAUGGUGUACCUUUCCUAAUCAGAGUCGGCACUGGCCUCAUUAAACACAGAGUGGAGAUCCGUGUGCAAUUCCGACAUGUUCCGGGGAACAUAUACCGAGAAAAUAUUGGAAUAAGCAUAGAUUUGGGGACAAAUGAGCUUAUUCUACGUGACGAGCCUGAUGAGGCCAUCCUGGUGAAAAUCAACAACAAGGUUCCUGGUUUAGGUCUUCAGCUAGACGCUUCCGAACUUAACCUGCUCUAUAAAGACAGGCAAGUUUUGCUUUUCUCAUCUAUGUAUAGCACCGAAGUACCAGAUUCAUAUGAACACCUGAUUCAUGAUGUAAUUGAUGGAGACAACCAUCUGUUCAUGAGAAGCGAUGAGGUUGCAGCAGCAUGGAACAUUCUGAGUCCGGUCCUGCAAGAGAUCGACAAGCACCACACGGCUCCGGAGUUGUAUGAAUUUGGUGGACGAGGGCCAGUUGGAGCAUACUACCUCUGGGCCAAACACGGCUAUUCUAGCACCACUAAUCUGGAGUUCUUGAAAGAUAGAUCGAUGGAGAACGGAACUUUCUCUUCAACCAAACUGACAGUUCCCCUUCUCACACCAUUCUCAAUGAGAAACUUCGAUCUUUCUCACAGAAUAGUUAUGGCGCCGAUGGCGAGAAUGAGAUCAUACGGUACCGUUCCACAACCUCAGGCCGCCCUGUAUUACUCUCAGAGAGCAACGCCGGGAGGCCUUCUCAUCAGCGAGGCCACCGGAGUCUGUGAAACCGCCAUGGAGCACCAAAACAUGCCCGGGAUAUGGAGGAAAGAACAAGUAGAAGCAUGGAAGCCCAUCGUUGACGCCGUUCACUCUAACGGCGGCGUCUUCUUCUGUCAGCUCUGGCACACCGGUCGCGUUUCUCAUCGAGAUUGUCAGCCAAAUGGGGAAGCUCCGAUCUCUAGUACGGAUAAGCCUCUCGCCGCCGAUGAGUUUACACCUCCGAGACGGUUAAGGAUUGACGAAAUCCCCGCCGUUGUUAAUGACUUUCGUCUCGCUGCAAGAAACGCAAUCGAAGCUGGUUUCGACGGAGUAGAGAUCCAUGGGGCGCACGGGUACUUGGUCGACCAGUUUAUGAAAGACACCGUCAACGAUCGAACCGACGAAUACGGCGGGUCAAUGGAGAAUCGAUGCAGAUUCGCUCUGGAAGUAGUCGAGGCGGUGACGAACGAGAUCGGUUCUGAUCGCGCGUUCGAAGGAACCUUCAUCGUCGCCGGAGGUUAUACAAGAGAAGACGGGAACAAGGCGGUGGCGGAGGGCAGAACCGAUCUUGUGGCGUACGGAAGACUGUUCUUGGCUAAUCCAGAUUUGCCCAGAAGAUUCCAACUCGAAGCGCCGCUGAAUCAGUACGACAGAACAAGUUUCUAUGCAGAAAAUACUUCUGAUCCUGCCGUGGGUUACACGGAUUACCCUUUUCUCCAGACCGCAGAUCAAUAA